AUGUCUAUAUUAUCCUUUGGCACUCUCCUCUCUCUCUUCAUUCCACUUGCUUUAUAUUCCGUCGCGUUAGUCCUCUAUCGUGUAUAUCUGCACCCGUUGGCAAAGUUUCCUGGCUGGAAGCUCCAUGCAGCCAGUGCCAUUCCUUGUGCCUACUCCAUGGUGAAAGGCCGCCUCCCAUUCCAAAACAGACUCUUACACGAAAUAUAUGGGCCUGUUAUACGCAUCUCCCCGAACGAGCUUAGCUUUAACAGUGCCCAAGCAUGGGAGGAUAUCUACGGCUUCAAGCCAGCGGGCCAUUCCAGGCUACCACGGGACCCCAUUCAUAUUGGAUCAGUGGAUCCGCUUAACGGCAUGUAUCCCAUGACCUUGCUGAACGGUGCCGAGCAUGGCCGGCAACGCCGGGCGUGGUCCUAUGGAUUCUCCGACAGAGCAUUGCGAGAGAAUGAGGAGCAGAUCAAAGGCCAUUUAGUUAAGCUCAUCAACCAUCUACGACAGCGAGAAGGCGAAGAAGUGAAUCUCUCCCGUUGGCUCAGCAUGACGACGUUCGAAAUUGUUGGCGAUCUUACCUUCGGAGAGCCGUUCGGCUGCUUAGGAAAAGAAAAUGACGAAUCAUGGUACAAGUUGAACUAUGCAACAUUCAGAAUGGCCGCCUUAGAGCAGGCUACCCGUCGCUUAGCUGAAGCUAACUCAUGGGGGCAACGGUUCUUGAUGGCAUUAAUCCCCUAUUCAUGGAGACAGUUACGAUAUGACCAUUUGGCUUACAGUCGCGACAAGGUACUGCGACGUCUGGAAAAUGAGGAUCCUAAACGAGCAGACUUCAUUGGCUAUACUCUCAAGCAUCGAAACCAAUUUAAGUUAAAUGAUGCUGAGAUCAUCGUGAACGGGGCCACGUUUAUUGCAGCUGGAAGCGAGACCCUAUCCAAUCUUCUUUCUGGCCUAGUCGCACAGUUACUUUACAACCCUGAAAAAUACGAAAAGCUGCGCCACGAGAUCCGUUCAUCCUUCAGUAAGUCUGAGUGGAUCAAUCACGACCAAGCCAUUAAACUCCCUUAUUUGAGCGCUUGCAUAGAAGAGGCUCUUCGAUUGAAACCUCCAGUUGGCGAGGGCCUUCUACGACAUGUACCUAAAGAGGGAGCCGUGAUCGAUGGACAUUGGAUCCCAGGAGGCACGUCAGUGUCAGUUGACCCGUGGGCUGCGUCACAUAAUGAAGGCAACUUCCGGGACUGUGAUGACUUUGUCCCCGAGCGAUGGUUAGCAGACAAAGAACAAUACUUUACAGGCGAUAAGCGAAAUGCCAUGCAGCCUUUCUCGCUUGGGCCUCAAGGGUGUCUCGGGAAACAGUUAGCCUACAUGGAGAUGAGGCUAGUUAUGUGCUAUUUAAUUUGGAACUUCGACAUCAAGAGCACGGAUGGAGCAUGGCAAUGGGACCCCGCUGGGCAGAUGAAGAAUCUCAGGAUUUAUGUCGUGUGGAAAAAGCCACCAUUGAAUGUGAGGCUGAAGUCAUUCACUGUCUAA